AUGAAACGCCACCCGACUGUCUGCUGUUUACCAACUAAAACCCAGAAGAUAUUUUUCACAAACCUAAUGGUGACAAUGACUGAUGGCUAUCUAUUUUACGGGGCUAAAUCUAAAGUCAACGUUAAGUUAAAAAGAAAGAGUAGACGCCACAUUCGUCAAUGUCGCCAACCAUAUUGAGAGUGGCAAAUUCGCCAAAGGGGAAAAAUUACAUUAAGCUAAAUAGUUAUAGUUUGUUAUAUAGAGUACUAGUAAUGGUGACGGCUAGUAGAAAACCCUAAAAUGACUGCAAAUCAUUCUAAGACGGAACAGACGAGACAAAACAACUUAUCUUAAUUUAUCUCUAAAAUGUACCAAUCCACUAAAUUAAAUUCAAGUAUGCUUAUAGUUCAGAUGGACGUGUUUUGGUGAUAAUUUAAACUGUAGAUUAAUUACACAGGAAGCAAUUUGUUGGUGAUUUAUUGGUUUCUAAUGUUUUGGGAUUAUCAUUUGGAUCUGUUGCAGUCAAAAAAGAAAGGACUCAGUUUGGAAGAGAAGAGAACUCGGAUGAUGGAGAUUUUUUUUGAAUCAAAGGACGUGUUUCAGCUUAAAGACAUUGAGAAGAUUGCUCCCAAGUCAAAGGGCAUUGCUCCAAUGACGGUGAAGGAAGUGCUACAGAGCCUGGUGGAUGACAACAUGGUGGACUGCGAACGAAUCGGCACCUCCAAUUACUACUGGGCUUUUCCCAGUAAGGCCUUACAUGCUCGCAAGCACAAACUGGAGGAGCUGAAGAAACAGGCUUCUGAUGCAAAGCAGCGAAAAGUUUCUGUAGAGAAAACAGUGGAAAAGUCAAAAGUGGGACGAGAAGGAACGAAAGAAAGAAGCUCCCUGCUGAAGCAGCUGCAGUCUCUGAGGGAAGAGCAAACGAAUCUGCAAGCCGAGCUGGAGAAGUACCGCGAGUGUGACCCCGACGUCAUCAAAGCGAUGAGAAAGUCAAAUGUUGUAGCAAAAGAAGCUGUCUCCAGGUGGACAGACAAUGUUUUUGCUAUCAAGUCUUGGACAAAAAAGAAGUUUUCUUUUGAUGACAGCCGCAUCAACAAGGCCUUUGGCAUCCCUGAGGACUUUGACUACAUGGACUGAUUGGGAUAUCUUCCACAGAGGGAAAAAUGUUUAUUAGAGAUUUUGUUUGAACCCAGUUUAGCUGGUGACUUAAUUCCAAGUUUUUGUUGUGUUCCCUGGAGCAAAGAUGAUGCAGCAGGAUUCAGUUGGCGAAAUCACAAACGUCUUGAAGAGAGACGUUUGUGAUUUCGCUAACCCAGAUGGAUUCAUCAGUAGAGACGGUGCAUAGGUGCAACUGGAAAAGGCAGUCAAGCAUUAGUGAUUGAGUAGUGGCAGGGUUGGGGGGCAUCUUGUGAUUAAAUAAGUAAGCAGACUGUAAACAGGUGUAAGUAAGAACCUGUUUGAAUGAAAACUGAGAACUGAUGAUGGAAAAGAAUCAACACUCAUUGCAUCUGGAUCUUCAAUUGGAGCAUUUACAUGUCUUCUACAGAUGAAUUGGGAUCAAGUACUAGUGUACUGUUCCUCUUAGAUUUUUCAUUUGAGCAGCCUUGAUUGAAUGCAGUUGGACAAAUACCAGAGUAAAAUGUUGAAGAAAAGUUUAAGCAAUAGUUUUGUAAAUAUUUACUACUUCAGGUGCAAUAAAGUUAUUUCAUUACAAAAAAAGUGAGCAUGAGUUGCAUAGUCUUUGUACCAGCUGAGGUUAUCACUGUUUAAAUUUUGGAUACUUUGUUUUUUUUUACACCAGAUUUUCCAUUUUAUGUCUAUACAAAAUCUGUCAUUAAAGCAUUUCUUCUACCAGA